AUGGGACCCGAUGACGGGGGCUUUGAGAGUGGCGUAUAUAACAACAGCGCCAUCUCCACCCCCCACCUGGACGCCUUGGCCCGACGCAGCCUGAUCUUCCGCAAUGCCUUCACCUCCGUCAGCAGCUGCUCUCCCAGCCGGGCCAGUCUGCUCACCGGCCUGCCCCAGCACCAGAACGGGAUGUAUGGCCUGCACCAGGACGUCCAUCACUUCAACUCCUUCGACAAGGUGCGCAGCCUGCCCCUGCUGCUCAGAGAGGCAGGCAUCCGCACAGGCAUCAUCGGAAAGAAGCACGUGGGGCCCGAGCUGGUGUUCCCCUUUGAUUUUGCCUACACGGAGGAGAACGGCUCCGUCCUCCAGGUGGGACGCAACAUCACCAGGAUCAAGCUGCUGGUCCGGAAGUUCCUGCAGUCCCAGGGCAGCAGACCCUUCUUCCUGUACGUGGCCUUCCAUGACCCCCAUCGCUGCGGCCACUCCCAGCCCCAGUACGGAGCCUUCUGCGAGAAGUUCGGUAAUGGGGACAGCGGCAUGGGGAGCAUCCCUGACUGGACGCCCCAGCCCUAUGACCCCCAGCACGUGCAGGUGCCGUACUUCAUCCCUGACACCCCAGCCGCCCGUGCUGACUUGGCCGCGCAGUACACCACCAUCGGCCGCAUGGACCAAGGUAUCGGCCUGGUGCUGCAGGAGCUGCGGGCAGCCGGCGUUCUGAAUGACACGCUGGUGCUCUUCACGUCCGACAACGGGAUCCCCUUCCCCAGCGGCAGGACCAACCUGUACUGGCCGGGCACCGCCGAGCCCUUGCUGCUCUCGUCCCCCGAGCACCCGCGCCGCUGGGGCCAGGUCAGCGAGGCCUUCGCCAGCCUCCUUGAUCUGACCCCCACCAUCUUGGACUGGUUCUCCAUCCCCUACCCCAGCUACGCCAUCUUUGGCUCCAAGACCGUGCAGCUCACCGGCCGGUCCCUCCUGCCAGCGCUGGUGUCCGAGCCUCCCUGGGCCACCGUCUUCAGCAGCCAGAGCCUGCACGAGGUCACCAUGUCCUACCCCAUGCGCUCCGUGCACCACCAGAGCUUCCACCUAGUGCACAACCUCCACUUCAAGAUGCCCUUCCCCAUCGACCAGGACUUCUACGUCUCCCCGACCUUCCAGGACCUUCUGAACCGCACCCGGACGGGCCAGCCCACGGGCUGGUACAAAGACCUCCAUCACUAUUACUACCGUGAGCGCUGGGAGCUGUACGACCGGAGCCGGGACCCCCACGAGACACACAAUCUGGCCACGGACCCCAGCUACACCCAGCUCCUUGAAGGGCUCAAGACCCAGCUGGUCAAGUGGCAGUGGGCGACCCAUGACCCCUGGGUGUGUGCUCCGGAUGGGGUCCUGGAAGAGCGGCUUUUUCCGGAGUGCCGGCCCCUCUACAACGAGCUGUGAGCGCCCUGCCACACGCGGCCCUCCCCUUGGCCAGACUGGGGGAGGACACGGCUUCGGCACACUGGCCAUCCCUCCUCCAUGCCCUGGGAGCAGAGCUUAGGCCUGGCCACUGGCCCCCAUGGGAGAGGAUACUCUGUCCUUGGGUCACGCCAUGUGGCCCAGCACAGGAAUUCAGGGAGAGCCUAGGACAGGGUGGCCCCAGCCCACCGCAAGGUGAGGCUGCUCAGGGAAGGGUGGCCACCCACGGAUCAUUCUGAGCCCUCCCCAUGAAGAUGGGCCGCCGUGUCCUGGGGGUGGGCAAGCUGGCCUAACCACCCUCAGCUCAGAAACACCACAUCUUGAUUUCAAUCAGGAUGUGGGCUGGAGGGGAGCCCUGGUGGUGUAGUGGUUAGACACGGCUGGCUGCUUUCCGCAAGGUCAGCGGUUCAAGACCACCAGC